AUGAUUGACCAUCCUAAAAUAUCUCUAGUUUUCUCUUCUAAGUAAGUUAUACUUAUAUAAUCUAGCAAUAUUAUUGCUGUUAUCAACAUUAAACAGAGUGUCAUAAAAAUCUCACUCCAUAACAUUAACAAAUUUAUUAUUCUUAUUUUGAAUGGGAAUUUUGUAGCUAGCAAAGUAACAGUUAUUAUUUAUGUUAUAACUAAAAUGGUUAUACAUAUAUUUUGUUAAUUGUUUAAUAAAAUUAUACAACUUGUAAACACUAAUUUCUUUGUUUCUUAAAAUAGAUUAAAGUUUCUUUUAAAAAAAGCUUUUGUUUAUAAUCCAUUUAAUUAACCUAAUACUUAAGAAUAAUUCAAUAAAAAACUAUCAUUAAUAUAAAUCUUACAAAUAUUCAAAAAAAUAAAAUGUUAAGAUUGCAUAACUAAAUGA